UAGCUACACUAAGCCAAGCAAUAAACCUACGCGUCAAUUCCAUCAGAUCACCAAGAAGAUAUCCAUUAUAUCCUUGUUGAGAGUUCAGCUCUUCCUUCAAACCCCAUACUUCCGGAUCUUGGGCACAUCUGGCGAGUCGUAACAUCACGAUGCUAUAUGCAAUGUGCAUCGUGGUUCUCAGGGAGAAGACUGAUUGGAGAGAGGAAAGAGCCCAUCACAAAAAUGUUACGGAUCUGAAGAUGACCGCUGAGGCUGGUUGCAAGAUUUGCAUGAAAGUCGAGGAAGAGCUCAGGGACGAUUUCCACAACAAGAGAAUCGACGACAAUCAAUUUCACACCUCCUCUCAGCCUCUUUUCAACCUUAAAUUGUCCUACUCCUCACUUUACAUCUCCUACAAGCCUGCCUUGAAAGACGUCUUUUUCGAACUAGCCUUUGAAUGGGUCUUGAGAAAGCAUCCCUUCAAUUCCCUUGAAGUUUUUGAACAAGCGCAAAAUGCCAUUGCAGCAAAGAAGCCUUUUCAGGCAUUCAAAGACAUUGACGGCGCCUGCAUUUCACCGAGUACCGGUGGUCCAACGGCCAUGAAAAUGGCAUGGCAAUGGCCUAAUACCUAUCUCAAGGAACAUUACAACUGCCCGCAUCCCACCUUCAACCGGCGUCCCAAACGACUCAUCGAUACGUAUAAAAGGACGCUAUCGCUAGUUGAAUCUUAGGAACAUUCACAUCAGGAACCUUAUACCGCCUUGAGCCACUGCUGGGACGUGGGAAACCUUUCACUCUAACAACCAAUAACAUAUCUUAAGUCCUAAAAGAAGGAUUGCGCGAUAAAGAGCUUCCAAAGUCCUUUAGAGAUGCUAUAGACACAUGUGUCGAAUUAUAUAUUAAAUAUCUAUAGAUCGACAGCCUUUGCAUUAUUUAAGAUGAUGAAGAUGACUAGGGCGAACACGCGAGAACCAUAGCCAAUAUAUACGAGAACUAUAUUCUAAACAUCUCUAUUAACCGAGCUUCGGAUCCUGACUAGGGAGCGUUUAUUUAAAGAAACGUUAGAGACUUACAACUAUAUAUAGCUCUAAUUAACACUUAAGAAAAUACCGGC